UUCCAGAAUCUGAAGCUCGCCUGCUGGUCUGCCGGAGUCACUGCCAUGCACAUCGCUGACGUUUCAGUUCGUCUAGGCCUGGUGCUGGGUUACGGUUGGUUUCAACGCGCGGAGGAAGUGAUCGCUCGAAAUUCGCGUAUAUAACGGCGAGAUGGAACGCUCUUCUAGGCUACCUCUGCCAGUUGGCGCACUCAGCUCACGUUCCUCUCGAACUCACAAAUCCACAAAAUGAGUACAGUAGAGAGGCAGGAUUCGGUCAUACAGACUGUUCACGUUCACGCUGCACCUUUGUCUGGGGGAGAUCUGAAGGCACUUCCGCACCUUGACCCCCCACAGAGGCUUGACAUCGAACAUGCCGUCGUCCAGGACGAUCCUCGAGCAUGGCCAAAUACUCGCAAGUAUGUCGUCGUAGUCACCAUUUGUGCCGCUGCCAUGAUUGCAGGACUAGGCGGCAACCUCUACAAUCCCGCCCUCGCUGAGGUCGAGGCUGAUUUGCACGCCACGAGCGAACAAAUCAGUUUGACCGUCUCGCUGUUCAUCCUCAUACAAGGAGGUUUCCCCGUCUUCUGGAGUGCUAUCAGUGAGAUCCACGGACGCAAGGCAGUUUACCUUGUCUCAAUCACUUUAUGCGCGCUGGGAUGCGUUGUAGAAGCACUCUCCACAAGUAUCAGCGUGCUCAUCGGCAUGCGAUGUCUACAAGCAGCGGGGGGAAGUGCCGUCGUGACCAUUGGCGCAGCGACUUUGGCAGAUUUGUAUGAGCCUGCGCAACGAGGAACCAUGAUGGGGAUCUAUUUGUGUGCCCCGCUUCUCGGACCCUCUCUUGGACCCAUAAUCGGCGGUAUCCUCGCCCAAGCUUUCAACUGGCGUGCAACAUUCUGGUUCCUGGUCAUCUUCACCGGCCUCUGCAUCAUACCCUUUGUGUUCUUCAAGGAUACGUUCCGUCGCGAGCGCAGCUUGACAUACCAGGCGGCGCUGCAGAGGCACCGAGGACGAGAGACCGAGAGAGCGGAGCCUCCGAACGACACGCGGCAGAGCAGUCCUUCCCGACCCGAGUCCCCUGACGACGGACCUGCAGAGGUGAAGAGUGACUGUAGCUCCGUGGACACCAAGGUCGGAGACGUGGAUCUGGAAGCUCAUGUUCCGAAGCUUGCUGGUGAUCCGACACCGAAGAAACUCAGACUGUCGCUCAAAGACGUCAACCCGGUCCAGCCCAUGAUCCAGGUCCUACGACGCCCGAAUAACGUGGUUAUCAUUAUUGCUUCAGCAUUAUUGUUCGCUUUCGAGUAUAGCAUACUGUACACUGCCUCUUUGACGCUGGCCAACGAAUAUCACUAUGACGCACUGAAGAUUGGUUUGGUUCUCCUGUCCUUUGGUUUCGGAGCGCUCCUCGGAAGCAUAAUCGGAGGUCGCUAUUCUGAUUAUGUCCUUGUGAAGAUGAGAGCGAGACAUGGCGCUGAGAGCUCACCAGAGAUGCGCCUGCAAAGCACCUUAUAUCCGAUGCUCUUCCUUCCAGCCGCAAUCGUCGCCUACGGUUGGGUAUGCGAGGAACAUGUACACGAAGCUGCCGUAUGUGUCAUGCUAUUCCUGUCGGGCUUCCUGAUGAUCACCAUUUACUCGAGCACGUUAGCCUACAUUGUCGAUGCCAACACCGGUCGAUCUUCUUCUGCGGUGGCGACAAAUAGCUGCGCGCGGGGUCUCUCCGGCUUCAUCGCUGCGGAGAUCGCUGUUCCCUUACAGGAUGCUCUUGGGGAUGGAGGCUUGUAUACCCUAUGGGGCGGCUUGAUAUUAUUGGCAGAGCUACUGAUAGUACUGGUCUGGUGGAAGGGCAAGCAGUGGCGUGAACGCACCAGCGCAUGAAAAUAGAAUCGCUAUGCUAGCGAAAUCCUAGACAGAUAGCGGUGAGUACUGCAUAGAGAUUGCCAUGAGCAAUAGUAGACUUUGUAUUCGUAUCGUUGUCUUGCUGGGUGUCUUCGUACAUUGCUUCGGUUAGCAUCUACAUGGGACCUAAUUUACUGUAUGUAUCGGUAGUCAUAACUUACUAUGGACGUGGCUUUGUCAUUUCCGUGGAAAUCCUACAGCGACUACGUGCAAAUUCUGAUAUGUUUACUUGGUUCUA